UAUGUAUGAGUAAGUUUGUGAUUAAGUGAUGUGAUGGUGAGCAGGAAAAAAAUUGAGUAGACGAAAAAUAGAAGUUACCACCAGAAUUGCCAACAAAAACUGCUUUCUUUCUGAGAAGUUACAGGGCAGUAAUAUUUCAGUCCUAUUUGCAUCCACAAAACUCCAGUGUAACUUUUCAAUCGUCGGACUUAUUGCAUAUAAAAGAUCGUAUCCGAGACCUUCUGUUUGACAUAACAGCAGCUGUAGAGAUUGAGCAAAAGUUUCUGAUAGCUUGAGAAGAAAAGAGUCGCUUGAAGAACAAACUGAAAUCCACUUUGUGAGAGUUGAAAUGAUAAAAUUAUUUUCGCUAAAACAGCAGAAAAAAGAUGGUGAGGCAACGCCAAAAACUGGUCCCCAGAAGAAAGCUUUCACUGCUGCCCAACUAAGGAUUACGAAAGAUAUAAACGAGUUAAACCUGCCCAAAACCUGUGCCACUGAGUUUCCCGAUCCAGACGAUCUACUUAAUUUCAAACUAAUCAUUUGUCCAGAUGAGGGAUUUUAUAAAGGUGGUCGAUUUGUGUUCAAUUUCAAGGUCGGUCCCAACUAUCCACACGAGCCACCUAAGGUAAAAUGCGAAACGCAGGUGUAUCACCCCAACAUUGACCUGGAGGGUAACGUAUGUCUCAACAUUCUACGGGAAGAUUGGAAACCAGUGCUCACCAUCAACUCGAUCGUCUACGGACUGCAGUACUUGUUCUUGGAACCCAAUCCAGAAGAUCCGUUGAAUCGGGAGGCCGCUGAAGUACUGCAAACAAACCGACGUCUUUUCGAGCAUAACGUUUUCAAAGCAAUGCGUGGUAGCUAUAUUGGAGAGACCUACUUCGAGCGUUGUCUCAAGUGAUAUAUAAAUUCUACACCUCUAAAAUGUUGCGUUUAUUUAAUUAUUCUUACGAUUGGCGGACGCUAUUAUAUAGACUUUAAGUAUAACUAAAUGGUCGAAACGGGAAGAAUAAUAUAUGCCAACUGUGGAGUAGGCUGUAGAACACACGAUCUGAUGAAAAUCCACAAACAGGAAAAGGAGUGUAAUAAAUAAAGCAGCGCAAACAUGAUUAUGAAACGGUAGAAACUGUAGAGGAAAGAAGUGCAAAAGCUGAGCCGCAAAAUAUAGAUUCACAUUUAGUUAUAAAAUUACAUCAAGUAAAAUAUAUUUGUACCGAACACUAAAAAACAGCUUCGAGUCAAAAAUAGUAUAUAAAACCUUGUACACAUACUGAAACAGAUUGCAGCUUGAAGGUAUGAAAUACACAAAACCUUUAAAAUCACAAAACAAAAUUAAUAUGAAUGUCAACAUUCAGUUCAAACAGUGCACGGUUGCAUGAAAAAAAAAACAGAACACCCAAAACCAAGUUUGUAGCGAAAAGAGAGAAAAUAAAUAAAUAGAAAUAUAUCACACAAAUGCUGAUUUCUCUACACUUUAUAAACUCUACUGUAUUCACUUUUGCAGACUCGUUAAACACAAGGUAGUAACAAAAAUGUUCUACGAUUAAUGAUUGUACUGACAUUAGCGACAAGAGAUAUGGCAGAUUUAAAUAUAGAAAUUUUAACCAACAAA